AUGCUUCGACAAUUGCGGAUUCGAGUGGAUGCGAGGAGGUCACCUUUUACUGGUCCCCAUGCGGAGCCGAUUGGUAUCACCCAUCCUCCAGGUGACAUACACUCAUUGAGUGUGUCUCUACCAACCUGGAACUCAAUUGUUGCGUACCAGCAGAAGGAGCCGUGGAUCGUUGAUAAAGUGCCAUUCGGGUAUCCUCGUUUCUAUAUUCACGGAUCUGUCAAGAAGUUGGGCCAGCUGGUAUUGGAUCGACUUCAAAUUCAUGCCCAUCAGGAGAUGAAUUGUCUUAUGUUUCCUUCCGAUGCGGGUGCACGUCGAUGUGCUGCUGGUUUGAAGGAUGUGGACCAUGAUGCUCAGGUGGAGAUCGCGCAAUUCAGUUUACCACAAGAAGAGCAAGGAAGCCAAGACAUGCCUUGGCUUGGCUUCCAUGCGGUAAUUUUUCCCAAGAGCCUUGAUGGGGAAGCUCUAGUGCAAUGGCGGGACGCAGGCACAGGCGUGUGUAGUCGGCAUGCCGAGUACUGUAUUCGGAACUUUGAUUAUUUGCGUUCUGAGUCCUUGAACACUGCAUGGUACACUAAAGCCGAGAAUUCUUUCGGCUCUCGGCAGCCUCGGCCGGUUAUAACGUCUGGUGAGGAAGAAAAGAUGGCAGUGAGGCAAUUGAUCUCAGAAUUAGCUGCUUCGGACCUUCUAGGACAAAAAGCGUUAUCUCACGAAGACGUGUAUCUAUUUCCAAAUGGAAUGAAUGCAAUAGGUACUGUAUCAAGGGCUCUUGCCUCUCUUGAGCCAGAUCAAGAAGUUGUCGGUUACGGGUGGCUUUACGUGGAAACUGGACGAGUGAUUAGAGGAAGUUGCUGGGGCAAGACUACCUUUUACCAUGAAGGUAGCAAGGAAGAAUUGGACGAUCUUGAAAAGUCCCUGGAAUCAGGAAGACGGAUAAAAGCUUUGUUCUGUGAUUUUCCAGGCAACACCCACCUCUCAUCACCAGACUUACAUCGCAUCCGUGAAUUAGCCGACAAGUACAACUUCAUUGUGGCAUGUGAUGAUUCCGUCUGUACAUUCAUCAACACGGAUAUUUUUCCAUGGGUAGAUAUUCGCAUGACUAGCUUGACGAAGAUGUUCAGUGGCUCUUGCAAUGUCGCCGCUGGCAGCAUUGUAGUGAAUCCCCAAUCCCGUCAUUACGAUGCUAUUCAUAGAAGUAUCAAGGCCAUCUACGAGGACAUCCUCUUCCCUCUCGAUGCAGCUGAAUUAAGCCGAAGCUGCCACGACGUUGUGGAGCGCAUUCAUCUUUCAAACAAAAAUGCUCUCCCAGUCGUCCGACUGCUUGCCUCUCAUCCAUCAGUUGCGCAAGUGAACCACCCAUCUCUCGGACCCACGGCACACCUCUACGAGCGCCAUCGUCGCAAGCCCCACGGAGGCUAUGGUCAAGUCUUAGCAAUUGUGUUCCACACUCCAGAGAGCGCAGCAUGUUUCUACGAUGCUCUAGAUGUCCGUAAGGGAUCUAGCUUUGGGGCAAAUUUCACCCUAGCCAUUCCAUUCGCACAGGUAGCACACCCGCAUGAACUAGACUUCGCGGAGAGUCACGGGGUACCAAAGCAUAUUGUGCGAAUCAGUGUUGGUUUAGAGGAAGAGGAAAAUAUUGUUCGCGUGGUUGCGAGAGCUUUAGAGGCUGUUGACAUAUUGAUGGUCGAAGAAAAAGAGCCUCCCUUUUUAAUGAAGGCGAGUGCUUGA